AUGGCAAAGAGUCUUCUUUCUCUCCUAUUGGUGGCCUUGGUCAUGACGGCCGUUUCGGCCUUUGGCGGAUACUCCCCCGUCCUCAAGACUGCUUCUCCCUCGCAAAGAACAACCCCCUCCUCCAAUUUGGUCAUGAGGGCUCGUGUCUGUGAUUUGUUGGGAAAGAAACCCAACCGUCAAGCUCGUGUGGUGACAUUCUCGCACAAGCGCAUCAAGAAGGUCCAACAUGUCAACUUGCAGUGGAAGAGGUUUUUCUCGGAAGAAUUGAACCGAAAUGUCCGACUUCGUCUAUCCACCAAGGGAAUCAAGACGGUCAACAAAGUUGGGUCCAUUGAUGCUGCUGCCAAGAAGUUUGAUGUCGACUUGACCAAAUUCUAA